GAUCCUCUCCUCGAUUUGUAAACGCUCAUCAAAUUCCAACAUCACCAUCACCAAACCUAUAAUCGAAACAAAAAACACAAAAACCCCAACAUCAACAUCACAAACUAACAUGAACAGUACAAUAUUUAGGAUCAAGAAGCCAAAACUAGAUUCUGCGAUGAGGAAAAUGUGAUCUUCCAAGAGCCUUAGGAUCGUUGAUUUUGUGCGAGAGAGUGUUGCGACAGUUAACAGAUCGGCGACUGCAACAUUGCGGCGCAAGUCCACUAUGCUCACUCUGUGUUUUUCUUCCAACUUUCUUCAACAGAGGGAAAGGAGACACGCAACAAAACUAGCAAAGAGAGAAAGAGAGUUGUGAGUGACCAGCACACAACACCAUCUUCAAAACCAAGAGAGACCCACCAGUUCUUUCCUAAAACCUAUUUUUAUUUUUAUUGUUUUGUAAAUCUAGUCAAAAAUGUUUUAAAAACUAAAAAAACACAAACUCACAAUAAAUUUAUCCAAAUAGAUUUUAGAUUAAAAGUAACAUUUCAUUUUAGUUCACAAACUCUCCAAACAAAACCUUAAAAGAGAAUGACUGUAUUUUAAAAUCCAAAAAAUUAAACACUCAAUCAAUAAGUAUAUUUUCUCAUUAUCUCUCUCUUUUUUUCUUUUUUCUAUCCCAUUACAUCAAUCAUUUCUUUGUCAUGUCUUCCUUUCUUUCUUUUGUAGACACAUCUAACAUUUUUCUUUAAAAGACUUGCAGUUGCAGCAGCAUCUGUUCCCAGUCGGUGGCAGAACAGCACCACCCUCAAUGGAUUCCAAUUCCAAACCUUCCGCACCACCCCCGAACCCUAACCCUAACCCUAACCCUAACCCUAACCCUAACCCUAAUUCAUCACCCUCGGAGAAACACCAGAGAGACCUACUGAACCACGUCGAAGCCUACCUCGCGAAGCGCGACGGCGUGGACAAGCUCCUCAAGAUUUCGCGCUACACCGCGAAACUCAUCCUCGCCACUUCGCUCCUCCAAUCCAACAACCCUACCCUCUCCCACCGCCUAAAAUCCUUCGAAUCCAGCGUCGGCGUGAGCCGAAAGGCCUUCAGACUCGGUAAAUUCGUUCAAGACCUAAACGCCCUCAAAACCACCCAUCCCCAUUCGAACCUCGAUUUGUUCCUCUCCGUCCUCGCCUACGGAGGCGAAGGCUUGUACUACUUCGUGGAGCAGUUCGUCUGGCUCGCUAAAUCGGGACUGAUUGAUGCCAAGCACUCGCGGAAGUUCCAGAAAUUGAGCGCGUGGGCGGAGUUAGUGGGUUACUUCGGGAGUGUGGCACUCAAACUCGGGGAUUUGGGUGCGAUAGCCAAGGAGGAAGCGUGUUUGAAGUCGAGCGUGGAGAUCACGCGCCUGAGAGAGGGUGGGUGUGUUGAUGAGGAGGCGCAGUUGGGGAAAUUGAGGGACAAGAAAACGAUGAAGAGGCUUUCUGUUGUUCAGGAUUUGGCCGAUGCGGUUAUGGCUUUGGAUGAUGUUUUGAAUGGAAAUGGACCGUUUUCGAAACCGGUUUUGAUGGCUUCCGCGGGGCUAUUGUCUGCGCUUAUUAGCACUCACAAGAAUUGGGUUUCUUGCUGAAACUGAAAAUGGUGUUUAAUAGGUUGUUUGUUAUGCUUAUAGUUUUAGAUUUGUUACUGAUUUAUGAAUGGAUAAAAAUGACCAUGAUUCUACUCUUUUUUA